CACAAACAUUGGUGGUAAGCGGCUAGCGAAAAUAAAGGUGUUGGGGCGAUUAACUGUUAAUCCAAGGUGUUCAUUUAAGAUCGUAACAAAGAGAACAUUUUUAAACGUAAAAUGUCGCACAUUCCGUCAAUAGAUUAUUUCAACAAUGCUAUUUGGAAUAUUCAACCAGUCUUUGAUAAACCGUCUUCACAAGAUCCCUCUACAUCACACUCUGAAAAUUUCGUAGUCGUCCCGCAGAGCCCUCUAGAUUCUUCUAUCCGACUGAUAAAUUCUGAAUUCGAGAUAAUGGGUUAUUCAAAAGUUUUAAGGGUGGAAAAUGGAGAAAUUCAAAUCACUAUGACUAGUUUUAUUGAUGGUGUGUUAAAGUUGAUUACAUCCUAUCGUAAAAGUUUAAAUAGUCGUGAAGAAAUUGAAUUAAAUUUUCAUCGUGUACAGUCAGAUUUAACUCAAGUACAAAAACUUUAUCGAAGAUGUCAGCAAAAUUUGGAAGAAACACAAAGAUCAAAUGAAUUAAUCAAAGAAAGGGAAAAGCAAGCUUUAAAUGAUAAAAAGUUACUUAAUGAUCGUUUGAAAUCUACAUGUAAUGAACUUCGUAAAGUUCAGUCAAAUUUCCAACGACAUGAAAUCCAAUUUCUACACGAACGUCGUAAGCUAGAGAAAGAAGUAACGGAUCUUCGGAAACGCUUAACAUUUUUAAUUGACAAAGCCACUCCUAUCUGGAACAAAGGACAGAAAACAAAUAAACCGUCUUGUUCUCCAACGGGUUUUUCAAUGUCACAGUGGUUUUUAUCGUCAGAAGUUGAUAAAAAGCCUGAAAUAACAAAUGGGGAACCAUCCAGUUCCCGGAGAUUUGGAAGUACAAUUCGAACUAAUUCUGGUUUAGGUAGUGCCAAAUUUGAGUCAGUUACCUCAGUCAAUAACUUUGAUUCUCACAUCAAAGACGAUUUGGAUGUUCAAACCUCCAGGGCUGAUUUAUCAUCAUUAAUAGUUCAACAACUGGAAAGUCGCCAAAAUGACUUACUUUAUGAGAAUCGUGAACUUCGAGAUCUUGUCAGUCAACUCUCUUUAAGAAUGAUUCGAUUCACUGAUUUUCUCCAACGACAUUGUACUACAUGGGUACAAAAUAAUGAUAAUGUACUUCACUCCAAAGAAUUCGAUGAUGAAUUCUUUUCACUUGAUGACGAAGAAGACGACGGCGAUGAGUAUUUUAAACGAGAAUCAUCCGACGAAGAUUAUUCAACUAUUGCCAUGUCUAAAGAAAAUGGUCGUAGAAAAUCAGCUCUUGUUAAUAAUCUUUUAAUUGAAUUACCGUAUGCAGCAAUUCGUGAUGAUCUUACCAGACGCGUACGUUAUGUAUCUCGAUGUCUUUGGUGUAAAUUAAAAUGCUUAGCCAAACACUAUACGACAAAAACAAGAGUAACAACAGAGAGAAAUGUAACAGAAAACGUUGUAAAUUCACAAACUUUUGUAUUAGACCUCCCAACGUCUAUUGAUGGAGAUAAUGAAUAUAAUGAAGUGGAACUAUUAAAAAGUCAAUUAGCUGAUGUGAAAUCUUUAGCUGGUUGUAAGUCUUUAUUAAAGGGGAAAGAGUUGAUUAUGGAGGAUAUUUUAUUCUCAAGUUAUAACUUGGACAAACUGAAAAUUUUGGAUUUAACCAGUUCGAAUCCAGAACUUGGUGGGAAAAAUGAAGUACACUUUGACAAACAUAAUGUUCCUUUAUUAUUAAAGGAAUCCAGUAUUCGAAUUUCAAAGAAAAAUAAAAUGGACAGCUCCUCAAAUUCAUCAGAUAAUUCACUUUAUUCUCCAUGUAAUUAAUCUUUGGCUUUUAUUAUCUUACUGGUUUUGACUUGAAGCAAAUGGACAGCUCCUCAAAUUCAUCAGAUAAUUCACUUUAUUCUCCAUGUAAUUAAUCUUUGGCUUUUAUUAUCUUACUGGUUUUGACUUGAAGCAAAGGUGCCAGUCACUCCUACUCAUACUGCUUUCACCAACCCUCUCAUUCUAACUCGUGCAAUUAUACCGAGAAAAACAUCAUAAUUGUAAUCAAGCAGGAUUGUCCUUUUGACUCAUUACUCAACAUUCAACGGACCAUUACAAUAGAUAAUAGCUACACCAAGCCUAUUCACUAUUCGCUUCAAACAGUUUCAGAUUCUUACAUAUUUUCUUUUACAGUGUAAAUACAUGCUUCCCUUUUGUACCGUAUAUAAAAUAUGUUUUGGUCUUCAUUAAAAAUAAUGUCCGAUCUUUUUGAGCAGUGCUUUGUAUCACCAUACAUUUAAAAUAUAAUCAUAACAAC